GAGACCGGCGCUCCUGGACGGCGGGCAUCUCGGGGCACCGGGCGGAGGCGCGGCGCGCGGGGAGGGGUGCGGGCGGUCGCGGGCGCCAGCGCCAUGAACGCGGCAGUGGUGCGGCGGACGCAGGAGGCUCUGGGCAAAGUGAUCCGGAGGCCGCCGCUCACCGAGAAGCUGCUGAACAAGCCGCCGUUCCGCUACCUGCACGACAUCAUCACCGAGGUGAUUAGGAUAACUGGCUUCAUGAAGGGCCUCUACACAGAUGCUGAGAUGAAGUCAGAUAAUGUCAAGGAUAAAGAUGCAAAAAUUAGCUUCCUCCAGAAGGCCAUAGAUGUGGUCAUGAUGGUCUCAGGAGAACCCUUGUCAGCAAAACCAGCAAGAAUCGUGGCCGGGCAUGAACCUGAAAAAACCAAUGAGCUGCUUCAGCUGAUUGGCAAGUGCUGCCUCAACAAGCUCUCCAGUGAUGAGGCAGUGAAGAGAGUCUUAGCUGGGGAGAAGGCAGACUCCAGAGGACGGGCCGUACGGACCUCCAAAGCCCAUGAGGCCGACAACAAGAAUGUGAAGGAAGAAGAGUCCAGAGUUCAUAAGGAGGAUAAAAGAACCUCUGAGGUAAAGGAGAGAAGCGCCAGUGCAGAGCACAGACAGAAGGAGGAAUUGAAAGAAGAGAACAAGCCACGGGAGAAGGAGAGGGACAAGGAGAAGGCAAAGGAGCCCGACCGAGACCGCCACAGAGAGCCUGACAAGGACAGAAGCAGAGAGCGAGAGAAAGCCAGGAGUCGGGCCAAGCAGGACAAGGACAGAAGCAACAGAGACCGGGACAGGGAGGCCGAAAGGGACAAGGAUCGGGAGAGAAGGAGCGAGGGCGGGAAAGAAAAGGAGAGGCUGAAGGACCGCGACCGGGGGAAAGAUCGGGAACGGCGGAAAGCGAAGAACGGGGAGCAUUCCCGGGACCCCGACCGGGAGAAGAGCAGAGAUCCAGACAAGCCAGAGAAAAAGUCAGCAAGCUCAGGGGAGAUGUCUAAAAAGUUGUCAGAUGGAUCUUUCAAAGAUGCCAAAGCAGAGAUGGAGGCUGAGGUUUCUGUGGGAGCAUCCAGAUCCUUGUCGUCAAAAACGUCAAAACGGCGAUCCAAGAAUUCACUGGAAGGCGACUCCCCCAGUGACGCAGAAGGAGAAGCUGGACCUACUGGCCAAGAUAAGCCCGAGGUGUCAGAGAAUACAGAAGUCCCCAGUGAGCUUUCCUCCAAUCUCAGAAGAAUUCCUCGGCCAGGGAGUGCGCGACCAGCACCUCCCAGGGUCAAACGACAAGAGAGCACUGAGACCCUGGCAGGAGACAGGUCAGGAAGUGGUAAAACCGUCUCCAAUGUGAUCAUUGACUCACAGAAUUCUGACAAUGAGGAUGAUGAGCAGUUUGUGGUAGAAGCUGCCCCUCAGCUCACAGAAAUGUCAGAGAUUGAAAUGGUGCCAUCAGGGGACCUGGAGGAUGAGGAGAAGCAUGGUGGGCUUGUGAAAAAGAUCUUGGAGACGAAGAAGGAUUAUGAGAAAUUGCAGCAGUCUUCCAAGCCCGGUGAGAAGGAGCGAUCCCUCAUCUUUGAGUCAGCGUGGAAGAAGGAGAAGGACAUCGUUUCGAAAGAGAUAGAGAAGCUCCGUGUGUCCAUCCAGACCCUGUGUAAGAGUGCACUUCCCCUGGGAAAGAUCAUGGACUACAUCCAGGAAGACGUCGACGCCAUGCAGAACGAGCUGCAGCUGUGGCACAGCGAGAACAGGCAGCAUGCUGAGGCCCUGAGCAAGGAGCAGAGCAUCACAGACAGUGCGGUGGAGCCCCUGAAGGCCGAGCUAGCUGAGCUGGAGCAGCAGAUCAAAGACCAGCAGGACAAGAUCUGUGCUGUGAAGGCCAACAUCCUGAAGAACGAGGAGAAGAUCCAGAAAAUGGUGCAUAGCAUCAACCUGACGUCACGAAGGUGAACGGCCAACCCUGCAGAGAUGGAGCAGUCGUCCCCGUGAUGGGAGAAGAGGCGGGAAAGUGCCACUCUGAGCCCCAGUCUGCUGAGAAACUGGACUGCAGAUGGCUGGACCCAGCUGAGUUCAGCUUUCGGCUCAGGCGCUAAGCUUAUUAAAAGGCUGUUUUCUUACCUCCUUCCAGCUGCGGUGCUUGCGACUUCCGUCUUCAGCUCGCCUCGUGGGAGGGCUUCUUUCUUGGUUUUUUGGCAAAUAUGUUUUCUGCUGCAGCCUGUUUAAUCCUGUCCCUGAAUUUUUCUAGCGGUAAGUUGUGUCAUCUUCUGGGGAAACGGAGGAUCUUCAUUUCUGCUUCAGAGUCUCCCAGAAGGACUUCCUGCCAGCACCCAGUAAAGGGUGACUGUGUCCUUUUUAGCGGGUACUUCACAGAUAGAACGAGGCCUGGAAUGAUUAAAUUGCGCUUCCAUUUCAGCCUGUGACCUUUAAGGUACCUGUCACUGUGCAGGGUUGUUGUCCUCUUACAUUGCACAUGCUGCUGUCUGCAGUCCCCUCCUGGCCCUGCUGUCUGCAGUUCUAGCCCAUGAAGUGCAUGUGCUGACAAAGGAGAAUUCAGUCUGGCCAUUAUUAAAUCUGGCAUUGUCUGAUGGGAAACUGUCAUGGCUGCCCCUUUGGCUUUCUUCAGCCUCCAGAGUAUUCCCAAUGGACAAGCAAUGCCCUGGGCCUCCUUAAGACCGUGGAGCAUGAAGGGCAGGCAGCAUGAUCCUUUUCCUCUGUGUAGGUGUGUGCACUGAGAGGUGGCAGUGAGGAGAGACUAUAAAGAAGAGAGUGCACCAAGAAGUUAUAGUUUGUGUUGGGUUCCCCUUUUUAAAGAUCCUUUUUUUCAAAGCAUAGUGGAUUUUUUUUUAAUGGUUUAUAUUCAGUUUUUCACCUACAUAAAAUACUGUAAAUACUUACAAGGUCUUGAAUUAUUGUAUAAAGGAUCUCAGCGUUAGAAGAUGUUCUUACUGGCUUAAGGUCUGCGAUCAUCCUUAUGUUCCUGAGUAUUUAUUAUGUUCACUAAGGCAAGCCCUGGUAAGUGCAAAGACUACUGGAGCACUUUAGGAAUUGUGUUUCCUAGAGGCUUGCAGACACGGCACAGCUAGUGUUUCUAGUCAGUUGAAGGCAGCAGCCCAGUUCUCAACUGGGGGCCGUCGGGACCAGGUAGAGACUCCCUUCAGCUGGUAGUCCUUCUCCUGGCACCACACCACUCUACCAACCAGACGCUUCUGAAUAGUUUGAGGAGAGAAGGAUUGUUCGUCUACCAGUCUUUUGUAUGUUCAUAAUCUCUUUUCUACUAAAUUGAAUGACUUAGCCAUAACUCUAAGUGGACCCUAUGUAGCCCAAGUUAAGAUAUAUAUAUAUAACCUUUUAUAAAUUUGUAUAUAUGAAUAGAAUUUUUAUGUUGCAAAAUUUACAUACAUUGUAUGUGAGUAAAUUUUAUAUGCUGUAGUCUAUCAGAUUGUAUCAUAAAGUUUUAUUUUUCUUUUAUACAUAAAUCAUUAAAAUAAUCA